AUGGAAUUUUCUAAUAUAGAAAGUGAUGAGAAUACUAUUGAUAGCUUUUCUGAUGAGCAAGACAAUGAAGAAAUAUUUGAAGAAAAUUCUAUUGAUAUGAUACUUGAAAGUCAAAACUUAGCAAAUGAAAUUUCAAUAAGUUAUAUGAGUCAAGAUUUAACAAGUGAAACUUCUACAAGCAAUAUAACAGAAAAUUCAUCAACAGAAGAAAUUUCAACAAGUUAUACAGCAAAAACUUCAUCAUCUAUAUGGCAAUUUUUUGAUAAAAAUCAAACCACUGGAAUUCCUUCUUGCU